AUGAACCUCAAGGAGCUCCGCCGCAGCCUCGGUAUAGCGUCCUGGUACCGACGUUUGGUGCCCAACUUCGCCGACGUGGUCGAACUGAUGACCGCCCUUCUCAAAAAGGAUCGGAAGUGGGAAUGGACGACAAGACAGGAACAAGCCUUUCAAGACUUAAAGGAUCUAGUCACCGAGGCACCGGUGCUUGCAUGUCCCGACUUCGAAGAGACAUUUACAUUGCAGACGGACGCCAGUGACUACGGCAUUGGUGUCGUACUAAUCCAAACCAUAGAGGGACAGGAACGUGUCACUGAGAAGGAAUGCCUGGCAAUAGUUUGGUCAGUCCGCAAAAUGCGCUGUUACUUCGAAGAGGUAACCUCGGUUCGAGAGUUGCAGCAGUUCCAAUAUGACGUCAAGUACCGACGCGGGGCGCAGAAUCUGGUCGCCGACGCAUUGUUACGCCAACCGCUGGCCACGGUAUGCCAGGCACAGGUGCAGGACAACUCCUGUAAGUGGAUUAACAAGAUGAUGCGCAAAAUCGACCAGGAACCGACGAAUUAUCCCGACUUUCGGGAAGAAAACAGACACCUGUACCGACGCAUAGGACUCCGCCCGGAGGAGGAGGACUACACCCCGUGGAAGUUGUGCGUGGGCACCAACCAUCGGGGACUAGUAUUGGAAGAAUGCCAUGACCACCCUACGGCUGGGCACCUGGGCGUACGCAAAACGUGGCCCAAAGGAACUACUGGCCCGGAUUUUUCCGAGAGCCGAUUCGGUGUCCCGAAGAUAUUAGUUUGCUACAACGGCGAGCAAUUCACGAGCCGCGGAGUCCGGGCUUUAUGCAAGUCUUUGGGAAUUGAAUUACAGCACACCGCGCCCUACACGCCUCGACAGAAUCCCACGAAACGUGCCAACCGAACCGUGAAGACCAUGAUAGCGCAGUAUCUUGGGGAAACGCCCCAGAACACGUGGGAUCAGCUGUUACCAGAGAUCUCGCUCGCGGACGAGAGCCACGCUUUCCCAAAGCCGGGACGAGGAACGGCCUUGGUGCCUCCUGAGGAGAAGAGUCGGCAGCUCCACAACAUUUUUCAAGUCGCCCGCGGCAACGCUGAACGCGCCACCGCCGAACAAGGCCGGCAUCUCAGGCGACGCCAGGGACCGCCACAUCGGACUCCUUCCGACAAUCAUCGCGUCAGCGAGGAGCUACCGGUCAACACUUGCGGUCACAUAGCUCUCAGCUUGGAACAGGCACCCAACUCCACCAUCUGGCAUCACCAACGUUGUCACUAA